GUCAGGAGGAAUCAGCAGUAGUCGCGAUGUUCAUGAAUUUCCGUCGUAUCCACAAGUGCCAGUGCAUACAGCUGCUGACCACAGGCCUGGUGCUGUGUAUGGUGAUGGUCUGCUGGGAGGAGCUGGACCACCACGUCGUCAGUCACAUGAGGUCCUACACGUACCGCUACUUGGUCAACAGUUACGAUUUUGUGAAUUCGUCCUUUUCCAUCAACUCCAACCAUCACAAUAGAGAUGAUGGUCUAAAUGGUGGAUUUGCAAACUAUCCAUAUCUCAUCAACCACCGAGGUAAAUGUAGAGGUGGUGCUGAAGAUGGAGAAAACUGGGAUGAAGUCCUUCUGCUACUGUUCAUAAAAUCAUCUCCAGAGAACUUUGAGCGGCGCCAGGCCAUUAGGGAUACGUGGGGCAACGAGAGCUAUGUUUGGCAUGAACUGGGAGCAAGCGUGAGGGUGGUGUUCGCCCUUGGUGUACACCAGGAUGUUGGAGAGAGGUUCAGGGUGCAGAAAGCACUACUGGAGGAGGACCGGACCUAUGAAGACCUGAUCCAACAGGACUUUUUGGACACCUUCCACAACCUGACUACCAAACUGAUACUGCAGUUCCACUGGGGCCACCACUACUGCCCUAAGGCGCACUUCCUCAUGACUGCGGACGACGACAUCUUCGUCCACAUGCCAAACUUGGUGAAGUACCUGCAGCAGCUCCUGAGUAGCCAAUCAGGGGCUAAAGACCUGUGGGUGGGGCAUGUACACAAGGGAGCCCCUCCGAUUCGCCGUAAAGACAGUAAAUACCACGUUCCUUAUGAACUAUACCCCUGGCCCGCUUACCCAGACUACACUGCUGGUGCUGGGUAUGUGGUCUCGGGGGAUGUGGCUGCUAAGAUCUACCAUGCAACUGUGGCACUGAACUCCUCCAUGUAUAUAGACGAUGUCUUCAUGGGGAUUUGUGCCAAAGCCAUGGGAGUCUCUCCCCAGGAGCAUGUAUACUUUUCAGGGGAGGGUAAGGCUCCGUACCACCAAUGCAUCUAUGAACACAUGAUCACAUCACACGGGCAUGCCAUAGAUAUUCGCUCUCUAUGGCAGGAAGCAACAAACCCUACAGUAUAUAACCACUCCAGAGGAUUUAUAGGUAAUCUAUACUGCACGGCAGUGAGAGUGAUGCUUCUAUGUCUGCCGUAUUACCAGAACACUUAUCCCUGUAUUGCUGCUUUUACAUAAGUAUUUGUUUUGAGGAAUGCCGAAAGAUUACUGUAUUACUGAAACAAAUACCAUGUUUUCUCUUUUAUGUACUGUCUCGCUGUUUGCUGCCUAAAAUAUG